GGGAGAGGGAGAGGGAGAGGGAAAGGGACAGCAGUGAUGAUGCAGACAGUGACAGUGAUGAGUACAGGCCCGUGUUUGGGGCUGUUAGUGAUCGCUGUGUGCCCCCGACUGAUUCAUCGACAGACACUCUGUCCAACAAGUACUCCAUGUACAACAGCGUCUCUCAGAAACUGAUGGCGAAGAUGGGUUACCGUGAAGGGGAAGGCCUGGGGAAAUUUGGACAGGGGCGAAAGGAGAUCGUCGAGGCCUCGUUACAGCGAGGACGCAGAGGGCUCGGGCUCAAAAUCAAAGGCUUUGAUGGAGACCUAGAUGUGGAUUGGCACGAAGAGACCGAGAGCGUGUUCGAUGAGUUGGAGGGUGAGGAGAUGCGUCGCGCCCGAACCCGCUCUAACCCUUACGAGACCAUCCGCGGCGUGUUCUUCCUGAACAGAGCUGCGAUGAAAAUGGCCAACAUUGACCAUGUGUUUGACAGCAUGUUCACCAAUCCGCGUGAUUCACUCGGAAAGCCCUUGUUGCGGGAUAAGGACAGUGAGCUGCUAUACUUUGCCGAUGUGUGUGCUGGGCCUGGGGGAUUCUCCGAGUACGUACUCUGGAGGAAGCGAUGGCAUGCCAAGGGCUUUGGAAUGACUCUGAAAGGGCCCAACGACUUCAAAAUGGAGGACUUCUUUGCUGCAUCAAGUGAACUCUUUGAGCCGUAUUAUGGUGAGACCAGAGCAUCACUCAGUCCCAUUCUCCAUCGCAACAACAGCAGGCAGGUCCUCCAGCUGCUCAGCUCCUCGGCCCCACCCUCGGCCUGCUCCCCCCUCAUCUACCGCCCACCCUCGGCCUGCUCCCCUCCUCAUCUACCGCCCACCCUCGGCCUGCUCCCCUCCUCAUCUACCGCCCACCCUCGGCCUGCUC